GCUUGCCCCUUUAUAAAAAGGCUCUUGGUCCUCCCCAGUCACACCCCAUCUGCCUUCUUCGCUCAACACCAGCGCCUGCGCCUCUUCCCCUCCGACGCUUGUUCCACCUGUUUGAACGAGAUGCUGGGAGCCGCGGGGAAGGCCGCCGUGGAGGCGGCACAGGCCGUGGGCAAGAAGGCGCCCGAGGUCGCAGGCAAGGCCCUGGGCAAGGCAGGCGACUUUGCCAAGGCGCACCCCGAGGAGGUGUACCAGGCCGCGAAGAAGGCCAAAGAGGUGGUGAUGGGCAGCAGCCAUGGUGGUGGUGGUGAGUCGGCUGUCAGCGCCAGGUUGUCAAUCACGCGCUGGCCCGCGGCCGAGCCGGCGGCGGCGCCUGGCGGCUGGGGGCUGCUGGAGUGGGCUCUGGUGGGCGUGGGACUCGCCGCCGCCGCCACUGCCGGGGUGGUGGCGUACCGCCGCUGGAAGGGCCUCUGACUCUGAGCGGCAGUAGCCAUUCUGCUCCGAGGGCAAUGAUGGAACCAAGGACUAUACCGUCAGUAGCACUAGUAUUAUCGUAUCUUAGUAGUAUCAUCAUCCGUCUCAAGUAUCGAGGCCGAACUUGUCUUUAUAUGAGUCUUUGAUUUACCAAUUUGUCGCUCUUGUAUCGAGAAACUCAUUACUAUCUAUGGUCCGCUGAAAUGGAAUGAGACGAUCUUUUGUUUGGUUGCAACAAAUUCUGUCGCUUCUAUUUGUCUCAGAAACCCCCUGCCUCUCUGCUCAUGUUUCUCUCUCUGCCCCCGCCGCCCCAAGAAAAGCAUCUCGGGUGAGGAGGCGGCGAGGGUUUGGGCCUCCUGCUCCGACCUCGGCGGCGCCGACGAGCUCGCGCCCAAGAUUCCUCAUCGGCGCAGGUGGUAAAUUUUGUGCUCAGCCAAGCAAGAAGGCACAAGGUUAUACCAAUACAGUCAUUGUGCA